GCAUAAUAGGGCCAUCUUUAUUGUCAGGAUAGCCUACUUAUUAAUCUAGGGUUAAAUUGGCAAAAAAUGUAAAAUAAAAAAAAAAUAAAAAAAUCUGUUUAAAAUAAUGAAAAUAAGAAAACGAAAAAAAAGUACUCCCUUUCACUUUCCUCCACCCCCCACAAACGACAGAAUGACUUGCUCAUGUGUUUCUGUUCAGAGUUGUGUUACAAAGAUACGAGACAACAAGAAAGUAGAAAAGAAAGUGGGAUAAAAAGGGGGGAAAACACAGGUUUCGUCAUUGCGGAAAAACCUUAAUCACGCGGACGCGCCCAAUGCGCAUUUUCUGAUAUAAAAAGGACAAGGUUUCUUUUCUUUUUUUUUUUUCUUUUUUUUUUAUCUUUCUUUUUUAUAAAAAAAUGAAUUCUGAAAUCCAUAUUCCUUACUUGAGUCAAGAAGAAAAACUCUUUUUAAAUACCACAGCGACCUACAGCAAAGCACGUCGAAUGUCACAUUCUAUCGACGAAGACCACCAUCAUCAUCAUCAACAACAACAGCAACAACAGAGGCGUCAAGUGGUCUCUGUUUCAUCCUUGGCGUUUCUAUGGAAACGCAGAGGAUCUUCAUCUUCCUCACUGUUAUCUUCCUCUUCUUCACGUUCGAUGGAUUUCUCGAGUCAAUUUGACGAAGAAGAAUCUCCCAAGGCCAAGGAAUUAGAAUCCUUAAUAUUUGAUCAACCACAAAGAACCGUUCGAUUAAGCCUAACACCACGUUGCGCCGUUUAAUAUCCCCUAUUAUUUCUAUUCUAAAGCGUAUAUCCUAACCCCCGAUACCUCUCAUCAAAAAUGGCUGAAAUCUUUUCUUUUUCACCCUACAAAGCCUGAAUGGCCUUAAUACAUAAUAUACAUAAUUAUACAUAUACCCUCUAUACUCCCUUCUCUGGAGAUACUUAUAAAAUAAAUCUUUUUUUGGCUGCUCUCUCUCUCUUUUUUUUCUUUAAAUAUAGAUUAAUUGAUAAACAAAGUUUAAGCCCAAAUGGGCGUGAUCAUUUUUUCCUUGGUAUUGUUGUGUUUAUGCACCUUAUCAGUUAACCUUUGAUAAGUGUCUUCUGAGCCUUGCAUAGUAGCGUGUCAUUGUUACCUUACUUGUUCAAUGUGCCACAAGGGUGUGAACAGUUUUUUUUUUUUUUUUUUUUUUUUUUUUUUUUUUUU